GUUUCUUAUUAACAUGAGCUGUCAAAUCUGCAUUCAUCCGUGUACAGCUGUUACCCUUCCUUCUGAUCACUACACCAGCUAAUGUUACCUGUUGUACUGUCAGCGUUAUCACAAACCCAACACAGCAGCGAGCCAGCGAACGUAACAGCAUUCAGUGGAGUGAAUUCCCUUCGCUAUAAUCAUAGCAUUGUACUGAAAAAAUAGGAUACAGUGCUGGGUUAUGGUCGAAUAAACCCAAUCGUGUAAUAAAAAAAAAGGAAAUAGCCAAGCGACAUCGACUGGUGAAACCUUACGUCGAUUGCUAACAUUAAGGAGUGGUUUUUAUUUGUAUAGGACAGACACACGCAACCGCGUGCGAAUUAAUAAAGUGGCAUUUGCAAUACCGAGGCGGUUAACCGUUAUAUUUAUUCUGCGUGCACCACGACACCAAACAGCACAUACACCGAACCUGGAGACGCAUACACAGCUCCGCUAAAGGCGCUGCAACACCAGCGCUAUCUAGGUGAGCUAACCUGGUGCCUACUGACUGCGGCUACAAGUAGCUCGCCAGGCUAACUGCGUUAGCUUGGCUUGUCUGCUCCGUUGCGUGGCAUUUCGUUAACACGAGAUAUUACAUGUACACACAAACGAUCAUAUGACACACAAAAAAUAUCCAGAAAUGAUGACACACAUUCGGCGUACUCACCUCAAGAAUCACAUAUGAAUUUAAGCUAGCGUGCUAGCUAGCUUAGCUAAAGUGCUUCAGUGCGAUUUUCCUUUUUCUUUUUUGAGCUUUUUGAGGCAUUCGUCGAGGCUACAGGAACAGCGACGCCUGAGCGGAGAGUCAAAGCAUGGGUCCGAAAAAGACAGGAGCAACGAAAAGGAGGAGGAAAGAGUCUCUGAAAGGAGAGCAGGAGGAGGAAGGAGAGAGAAAAGUUGAUCACAGAGCAGGUGGAAUGAGGAAAAAACGUGGGAAUAACAAAUACAUUGGAGCUCAUAUGAGUAUUCAAGGUGGGAUCUGGAAAGCAGUGGAGUCCUGCAUAGAGAUGGGUGGCAAAAGUUUCGCUCUGUUUCUGGGCUCCCAGCGGUCAUGGAAUCGGCCCCCACUGGACCAAUCGGCCGCAGCCAAGUUUCAGGAGCAACUUUCCCUUCAAGGAUUUGAUCCAGCUCAUGUCCUGCCUCAUGGGUCCUACCUGAUGAACUGCGGGUCUCCUAAAAAGGACGUGUUUGAGAAGAGCCAGGCCCUGCUGAUAGACGAGCUCAGCCGCUGUAACCUCCUGGGCCUCAACCUCUACAACUUCCACCCCGGCUCCUCGCUGGGCUCCAUCACGACUGAGCAGUGCCUGGAGAAUAUAGGGAGGGCCAUUAACCAUGCUCACCGGCAAAUACCUACUGUGAUUACAGUGUUGGAGAACAUGUGUGGUCAGGGUAGCACGGUGGGCGGCAAGUUUUCUGAGCUGAAGGGCAUCAUCGACAAAGUGAGAGACCAGACCAGGGUUGGAGUGUGUCUCGAUACCUGCCAUGCUUUUGCAGCUGGAUAUGACCUGGCUGCAGAUGGAGGCGUGAAGUCCAUGCUCGAUGAGUUUGAUCAGGAAGUGGGGCUCCACUAUCUCAAAGCCAUCCACCUCAAUGACUCCAAAGGUAAACUGGGCUGCAACCUCGAUCGGCACGAAGAUAUCGGCAAAGGUCACAUCGGCGUCCCCGCUUUCCGAGACAUCGUUAAUGAGCCCAGACUCGACAACAUCCCUCUGAUCCUGGAGACACCUGGACGGCCAGGAUUCGAGUAUGCCGAGCAGAUUGCAUUCCUCUAUUCCCUCUGUAAGAAUAAAUAAAAAAGAAAAUGCACUUACUGAUGAAUUAGCACUUGCAAAGUGAAGGUUUUAUAACCACAGCUCCAUAAUCUGAUAAGAGAAUUGAUGCGUUUGUCGAGGACCAAAGCUGUUAGGCGUGGACACCGACCACUAAACCCCCUUAAACACACUCAGAAGUUCUGCUCACAAUGUGAAACGUUUUGUCCAGAGAAUCAGUUUACUUCUUGAAUGAACUUGCGUUGAAUAAAAUUAAUAUUCAAGUGGUUGCAACAGUGUGACUUCAGAGUUGGUUCAGAGUUGACCAUUAGAGGGCAGCAGAAAUACACAAAUGCAGCAUUUUAGUGUCAUAGGAUGCAGGCAGAGGUGGGGGAGUCUAAAAAUCAUACUUGCAUGCCCAGUUUAUAUUGUAUUUACAUAUGUAUGUAUGUAUUUUAUAUACUGUAUGUAUAUUAAACAAUGUUAUAGUCGUCAGUGACUUCUGUUCACA